CAAGUCUCCUAAUACUUCUCUGCUGAGAAAGGCACCGUGUUUGUAUCCAUGCAGGUGAAGUUCAACGCUUGUCCACCACAUUUUGGGUCUCCCUGUGGAGAGGGCAGUGGGUGGAUGGGGACACCUCCCCAGAAUGUCCCCUGUGACACGGGCCGUGGUCACCUGCAGCCCCUCUGUGACACGGGCUGCGGUGAUGGUGGGACACCCCCUCUUCACCAUGACACCUCAACCUGCACGUUCCUUGAGCCGAGGAUGAACUCAAGUGUGGGGCUGCUCUGGUCACCGCUCUGCUAGGUGUCAGGAGAAGGUAGUGGCAGUGACAGCAGAUCUGGGGCUGUGUGGGGAGGGAGGAGGAGGAGGAGGUUGUUGACCAGGAGCAGCUGCAGCCAUGGAGUGGUUCUCCUCUGCCACCCUCCACGCGCUCUCUCCACGCCUGGCCGAGUUCACCAGGGAUGAGGUGGCAAAGAUUUGGGACAGUGUGUCAGAGAGCUAUCACCAAGAGCUGCUGCUGAACAAGACUGUCAGGCUAACAGGCUUGGGCACCAUCUGCCUCAGGGAAGAGGACUUUUGUGAUGAGAACAAGGUCUAUUUCAAAGUCCGGAGACCCAUGUUCCACCUGGAUGAGCCAGUUUGGGUGUGGAACAAGCUCCGCUAUGGGACCAGCUCAUGGCCUGAGGAGUUAAAAGUUUCAGAGCUGAUCUAUGCCGAGGCUGCCCUUCGCCUCCACAUGCCCAAGAAAAAGGUCUUGAAGUGCCUUGAGGCCACCAUGAUAGUCAUUGCGUGGGCCUUGACCGAAGGCAAGGACUUCGAUGUUGUCUUCAAGAACUUGGGCAUCCUGGUGUGCCGAGGAAAGACAGUGAUCAUGAGGUUCUUUGAAGACCUGCUCCGAGAUGUGGACAAGACCGGGGUCCUGGUGAACAAUUUUCUCCAAGUGAGUUUCUCAUGUUCUCAGUGCUCCCUCUAA